AUGGUGUCCUACCUACCUCUUGGUCUGCUGCUUUUAGUGGCAACCGCCUACGCCAAAUCCCCAUUCAUUGUUGGUGGUCAGGACACCACUAUUGAAAGAUACCCGUCCCUCGUUCAAGUGGAAUACCUGAACAGCUGGGGCACCUGGAACCAGGCAUGUGGAGCCAGCAUUCUGACUAGCUACUGGAUCCUUUCUGCUGCUCACUGCUUCGAGGGAUGGACAUACAGAGCUGCCAACACACGUAUCCGCGCAGGAGCCACCUUCCGUCACACAGGCGGAAGCGUUCACAAUGUGGACUUCGAGCGAAACCACCCCGACUACGGCAGGGCUUCUAGAUACGACGCCGACAUCAGUGUGAUCAGGCUGCGCACUCCCAUUACCUUCACAUCAUCUAUCCAGAGAUGUACUAUUGUAAACCAAGGCUUCGUCGUUCCUGACAACACUGCUGUCAUCCACGCUGGUUGGGGUACCACACGGUUCCAGGGUCAGGCGUCUCACGUCCUCCAGCACGUAACCAUCAACGUGAUCAACAGAUCCCUUUGCGCACAACGCUAUGGCGGUAAUGCCAUCACUAACAACAUGAUCUGCGCUGGUAUCCUGAACGUUGGCGGUCGUGACGCUUGCCAAGGGGACUCUGGUGGUCCCUUGUACGCUGGCAAUGUUGUCGUUGGUGUUGUUUCCUUUGGAAAUGGUUGCGGUGACGCUUACUACCCCGGUGUCAGCACUCAAGUAUCUUCCUACACCAACUGGAUCCUAUCCACCGCCCGUUAAUUCCUACUUUAAUCUUACUAAUCUACUUUCAGUAGUUAUGUUUUUGUUUAUUCCUUUUUUAUAUUAGUA